AUGCUAAAAGUUAAUUUAUUGGAAAUUGUGGAUCAGGAGAAAUACAAAUACCAACAGUGUAUUGUAGACGAGAUGGCCGCAGCACAAGGCAUUACUGUGCUUAGACUGUCCCCAUAUCAUUGUGAUCUCAACCCUAUCGAAUUGGUGUGGGCUCAAGCGAAGGGGCAUGUCGCAAGACACAACAGAAGUUUUAAAAUGGAGGAAGUUAAAAAACUAUUACUGGAAAGUAUAAGUAAUGUUACUCCUGAUAAAAGGGCAUGA